AUGGAGGGGCAGAUCUGGUUCUUGCCCCGCUCCCUUCAGCUCACAGGUUUCCAGGCUUACAAGCUCAGGGUGACGCACCUGUACCAGCUGAAGCAGCACAGCAUCCUGGUUUCUGUCGGAGAGGAUGAGGAGGGCAUUAAUCCUUUGGUUAAAGUUUGGAACCUGGAGAAGCGGGAUGGUGGCAAUCCUCUUUGCACACGGAUUUUUCCAGCAAUACCUGGUAACAAACCCACAGUUGUAUCCUGCCUAACUGUCCAUGAAAAUCUUAAUUUCAUGGCUAUCGGUUUUGCCGAUGGGAGCGUUGUGCUUACGAAAGGAGACAUCACUCGAGACCGACAUAGUAAAACCCAGAUCCUCCAUGAGGGCAGUUACCCAAUCACUGGCCUUGCUUUCCGACAGUCUGGAAAAACAACACAUCUGUUUGUGGUGACCACAGAGAACAUCCAGUCUUACACGCUCUCCGUGAAGGAUUAUCCUCAUCUGGAGUUGGAUACUCACGGCUGUGGGUUGCGCUGCUCUUCUCUCAGCGACCCGUCCCAGGAUCUCCAGUUCAUUGUGGCGGGAAACGAAUGCGUGUACCUUUACCAACCGGAUGAGCGUGGCCCGUGCUUUGCCUUCGAGGGACAAAAGCUAAUUGUUCACUGGUAUCGGGGGUACCUCAUCAUUGUCUCCAGGGACCGGAAGACUUCUCCCAAGUCAGAGUUUGCUGGGAGUGAGGCUCAGAAUUCUGACAAACAAGUCUUGAAUAUCUAUGACUUGUGCAACAAAUUCAUUGCGUACAGCUCCAUCUUUGAUGAUAUAGUGGAUGUUUUAGCAGAGUGGGGGUCUCUGUACGUACUGACCAGAGAUGGGAAGAUCCAUGUCCUGCAGGAGAAGGAUACUCAGACCAAACUUGAGAUGUUGUUCAGAAAGAACUUAUUUGAAAUGGCUAUAAACCUGGCCAAGAGUCACCACUUGGACAGUGACGGUUUGUCAGAGAUUUUCCGGCAGUAUGGAGAUCAUCUGUACAACAAGGGGAACCACGAUGGAGCCAUCCAGCAGUAUAUCCGAACAAUAGGGAAGCUGGAGCCAUCCUAUGUUAUUCGGAAGUUCCUGGAUGCUCAGCGUAUACACAACCUCACUGCUUAUCUGCAGACUCUCCACCUGCAGUCCCUGGCCAAUGCAGACCAUACCACACUUCUGCUGAAUUGUUACACCAAACUCAAAGACAGCUCCAAACUGGAGGAGUUCAUCAAGACUAGUGAGAGUGAGGUGCGCUUUGAUGUGGAGACAGCAAUCAGGGUACUUCGUCAAGCAGGUUACUACUCCCAUGCUGUGUACCUGGCAGAGAAGCAUGCACAUCAUGAAUGGUACCUCAAAAUCCAGCUAGAGGAUAUCAAGAACUACCAGGAGGCUUUGGCGUACAUUGGAAAGCUGCCUUUUGACCAGGCAGAGAGCAACAUGAAGCGGUAUGGUAAAAUCCUGAUGCACCACGUUCCUAAUGAGACCACAGAACUGCUGAAGAUACUUUGCACUGACUACCGGCCAUCCGGAGACAAAGAAGGCCCUGGGAUGCUGGAAGGAAAAAAGGCUAAUUCCGAGGAGUUCAUUCCAGUGUUUGCAAACAACUCCCGAGAAUUAAAGGCCUUUCUGGAGCACAUGACUGAAGUGCAGUCGGACUCCCCACAAGGUGUCUAUGACACAUUGCUGGAACUUCAGCUUCAGAACUGGGCACAUGAACAAGAUGAGCAGAUAAAGGAGAAGCUGCACAAUGAAGCCAUCACCCUCCUCAAGAGUGGAAGGUUCAAAACAGUCUUUGACAAGGCCUUGGUCUUAUGUCAGAUGCACAAUUUCAAGGAUGGAGUCCUCUACCUCUAUGAACAGGGAAAACUUUUCCAACAGAUCAUGCACUACCACAUGCAGAAUGAGCAGUACAAGAAGGUGAUCGAGGUGUGUGAGUUGUACGGAGACCAAGAGGCUUGCCUCUGGGAACAGGCUCUUGGCUACUUUGCACGGAAGGAAGAAGACUGUAAGGAGUAUAUUGCUGCAGUGCUGAAACACAUUGAGAGCAAGAAUCUUAUGCCUCCACUGCUUGUUGUGCAGACUCUGGCUCAUAACUCUACAGCCACGCUGUCUGUGAUUAAGGAUUAUCUUGUCAACAAACUGCAGAAGCAGAGCCGACAAAUUGAGCAAGACGAGCAGAGAAUUCAAAAGUACCGUGAAGAAACCACGAGGAUCCGCCAGGAGAUCGAGGAGCUAAAAGCAAGCCCCAAGAUCUUCCAGAAGACCAAGUGCAGUAUUUGCACCAGUGCCCUGGAGCUGCCUUCAGUGCACUUCCUGUGUGGCCACUCCUUCCACCAGCAUUGCUUUGAAAGCUACUCGGAGAGCGACUCCGAGUGCCCUACGUGCAUGCCAGAGAAUCGCAAAGUGAUGGACAUGAUCCGAGCCCAGGAGCAGAAGAGAGAUCUGCACGAUCAGUUCCAGCAUCAGCCCGGCUGGCGGAACGGGAGCAGCCGGGCUCGGGAGGCGGCGCGGGGCCCUCCUGACUGCGCGCUCUGUGUCCCGCAGCUCAAGUGCUCCACCGACGGCUUCUCGGUCGUCGCCGACUACUUCGGGCGCGGCGUGUUCAACAAGCUGACCCUCAUCACGGACCCGCCGUACUGCAUCACUGAUGCUCUUUUUGCAUGGCUUUUGCUUUCUGCUCCCUUGCAGCUGGCCCGAAUUCAGACUGACAGUGUGGUUGAGAUGCUCCGUGAGCUGUAUCCUGACCUCCACUAUGAGAUUGUUGCCAUGUCAACAACAGGAGACAAGAUCUUGGAUACAGCACUUUCCAAGAUUGGGGAGAAGAGCCUCUUCACCAAAGAGCUGGAAAACGCGCUCGAAAGAAAUGAAGUUGACCUCGUGGUUCACUCCUUGAAGGACUUGCCGACUUCCCUCCCUCCUGGAUUUACCAUUGGUGCUGUCUGCAAAAGAGAAAACCCACAUGAUGCUGUUGUCUUUCAUCCCAAAAGCAUUGGGAAAACACUCAGCCUUCUUCCUGAAAAGAGUGUAAUUGGAACCAGCUCACUCCGGCGAGCAGCCCAGCUCAAAAAGAAGUUCCCUCACUUGGAAUUCAGAGAUAUUAGAGGGAAUCUAAACACCCGCUUGAAGAAACUCGAUGAGAAAGAAGACUUCAGUGCCAUAAUCCUGGCUGCUGCCGGGCUGAAGAGAAUGGGCUGGGAGGAUCGCAUUGGCCAGAUCCUAAGCCCAGAAGAUUGCCUCUAUGCAGUUGGACAGGGUGCCUUAGCAGUGGAAGUUCGUGCCAAAGACCAAGAGAUACUGAACAUGGUAUCUGCCCUGCAUGAUGGAGAAACUGUGCUGUGCUGCAUUGCUGAGAGAGCCUUUAUGAAGCAUUUGGAGGGUGGAUGCAGUGUUCCUGUUGCAGUCAACAGCGUGCUGAAAGAUGGCCAGUUGUAUUUGACUGGAGCUGUCUACAGCUUGGAUGGUUCUGAUAGCCUGAAGGAGACUAUGCAGACCAGCGUUAACCAGCCACACCAGAAUGAAGAUGGACCAAAUGAUGACGUGCAGCACGUUGGCAUCACGGCCAAGACUGUUCCUCGUCAGGCUCAGCAGGCUGCAGAGAGCCUUGGCGUUGAACUUGCAAGUUUGCUUCUGAGCAAGGGAGCUAAACAUAUCCUUAGUGUUGCAAGGCAGCUCAAUGAUGCGCGCUAAACCCGUGCUGCAGCGGGCACGACUGCUGCAACUGUUGCUCAG